AUGUCCGCGGCGCACGUCAACAAUUGCAAGCUUUUGACAAGUAUCUGUUUGAACGUUUCUGGUGCUAUCGGCAGGAGAAAAAUGAGCAUUAUCAAUAACGGUGUCGGUAUGCAUUCUUACGACGAUGCAGUCAAAAUGUUAAACUCUUUGCAAAGUUUUACUUCAAAUUUAACUCGUCACCCAGGAAAUUUGAAAUUAGGACAGGCUAUAAAUGAAAGUAGAUGCGGUGUGAGUAAUGCAGAUUUGGACCAGCUUUCAGUCAUUCAUGUUGCUGGCACGAAAGGAAAAGGAUCCACUUGUGUAUUUUGUGAACAAUUGUUGUUAUAUAAAGGUUAUCGCACUGGCUUAUUUACUUCUCCACAUUUAAUCUCUGUCAAGGAAAGAUUUAGAAUUAAUGGAAAAGUCAUUACUGAUGAUAAGUUUGUGUUUUAUUUUUGGAGUGUUUACAACACACUGUUAUUAAAACGAGGUAAUAAAGAAGAAUUACCAGCUUAUUUUAUGUUUUUGACUGUCAUGGCAUUUAAAAUGUUUGUCGAUGAAAAAGUGGAUGUUGCAAUCAUAGAAACUGGAAUUGGUGGCGAAUAUGAUUGUACAAAUAUAUUAAGAAAAACAUCAAUUGUUGGAAUUUCAUCACUAGGAUUUGAUCACACAACUGUACUAGGAAAUACUUUACAAGAAAUUGCUUGGCAAAAAAGUGGAAUUAUGAAGCCAAAUUCUGUAACAAUUGUUGCUAAUGAUCAACCUAAAGAAACACAUAAAAUAUUAAUUGAACGUAGUGUAGAAAAACAGACAACAUUAUUGGAAGCUCCGCCAUUUAACAAGUAUAAUUGGUAUGAAAAUACUUCAGAGUUAGGAGUUUUAAAUACAGCUCAAGAGAUAAAUGUUUCACUUGCUAUUCAACUUGCUAAUGCAUGGAUCAAUCGCAACAAUAAAUACGAUUGGUUAAAAAAAUGCAAUGUUGGGUUAAAUGGAAUGAAACAAGCUCCAAUUUGGGAAAUUAAAGAACAAGAUAAACAAGCAUUAAGGGAUGUUAAGUGGCUUGGUCGCAAUCAAGUUUUAAACGUAACACCCAAUUUAUCAUAUUUCUUGGAUGGAGCCCAUACAAUUGAGAGUAUUCAGUUAUGCAGUAAAUGGUACCAAAAUAUUUGUCCUAAGUCACAAUUGAAUACACAAAAUAUUUUAAUAUUCAAUGUAACGGCAUUAAGAGAUUACUGUACGUUUUUAAAAAUAAUAUUAACUGAAAACAAAAUAGAUUUAGUUUUGAUAUGUCCAAUAAUUACAUCAAUUGAUAAUCGCCGUCCAGAUACUGUUAAUUUGAAUUUCAAUUAUGAAGAAGAACUAGUCAAAUGUUAUAAUAUGAAAAAUUCUAUAGAUUUUUGUGAUGUAAAAGUAUUUAAUUCUAUCCAAGAAACUAUCAAACAUGUUGAAAAGUGCAGUUCUUCUGACAAAACUACAAACUAUCAAGUUUUAGUAACUGGCUCAUUAAAACUUGUUGGUGGAGUUUUAGAGGUCCUUCAAUCAUGA